UGUUUAAAAUGUAUCAAGAAAAUGAACAUAAAUUAAUCAAAUGUCCAGGCCAUGCAUUAUUGUUUGAAUGUUUCGUUUUUAUGUUGUUUCCGAUUUUAUAUAUUUUUUACAUAUUAAAUGUUUUGUUUUUACAAAAUGAAGAAAAACAAAAAUAAACUAGUUAAAUCAGUUAAAUAGAAAAAAUUAUGCUACAAACUGAAAUGACAGAUUCGUGUUCAUAUGAUUAAGUGAUUCAAUGCAAUGUAAUGUAAUGCCAUUUUAUUAAAUUGCAUGCAGAAACAUGAAGUGUUCCUCAUUUUGACCGGAUGAUGAAACGCUGAAAUAGAUUAUGACUAAUAUGCAGUACAUACAAGCGUGGUUUUAAAACGAUGUACAUGUAUUUAGAUCUUACCAAUAUUUGUGUAUGCUUAUAUUUGUGUAUGGUAAUUUUUAAAAAAAGAUAUUUCCCUUAAAAGGAAUAAAAAUAUAGAAUUUUUCACUAGAAUUUAAUUGCAUAUCUUAUCGCAUCACAAACUUCAGGUUAAAUAUAAGCGUUUGGUUAUUGCAAAAUAUUGCUUAUUAGCUGAACAGAACGUGACAUGAAUUCUACAAUUUUUACGUAUAUAUAAAUGUAUAUCACUACAUGUGUGUUUAUAUAAAGAUGUAUUGUAAUAUAUCUAAUUAUAAACUUUACAAUUCUGGCAAAGAUCAUAUACAAGAACAGUGUAUGGUACGAGUUUGAUAUUGUUGCAGUAAAAAUAGUGCUCUUGUGACUAUCACAUAAAAAUAUGGCGUCUAAUCGGGAUAUUAUGGAGACUUCCGAGAGAAUACCUCUUUUGUCAGAAUCUUCAACGAUAGUUCGGAUUCAGCCAUCAAAAUGGCGUCAAUGCUCUGUUCUCAUAGCAUGCAUGUAUUUACACUUCAUGUCACUAGGAUUUGCUCCAGUUCUUGGAGUAAUAUACGUGGAACUUAUACGUCAAUUUAAUUCUGCGCGAUCAGUAACGGCUAUCGUGCAAAGUAUGUUUCAAGGACUCACUUACGUCGGAGGGAUCUUAUUUUCGGGCAUUGUGACGAAAAUAGGAGUAGGUGCACCUGUUAUGAUUGCAUCGGUGUUAAGUGGCCUGGCAGUGUUUUUCAGUGCAUUCUCGGUGAAUAUCUAUAUGGUUAUUGUACUUGUGGGAUUUGUUGGAGGGUUGGCUAUGAGUAUUAACUACUUAUGUGCAUUCGUUGCUGUAGGUUGGAUGUUUGUUUCAAACAGACGUUCUGCUCUUGCUUUCCUUACAAUGGCAACUGCCGUUGGACAAACAUUUUUACCUAAUUUUGCCGACUAUUUGAUAGACGUAUAUGGAUGGACUGGAGCAUUUAUGAUAUUUGGCGGGCUUAUCCUCAACAGUAUUCCAUGUGGCCUACUUUUACAUUUUUCACAAGAUUUUUUCUCGAAAGAAACUACUCAAAGCUCAAAAAUAGAUCCGGUUAAGGAGAAGAUGUGUCAAUGUAAUUCAAAACAAGAUAUUGCUUAUAUACUUUUUGUAGUUGUGUGUUUUAUAUUUCCGGGAACAAGUGCUGUGGAGAGUUGGUUUACAGUUGAUUUGAGUGAACUUAGAGGAUUUGACCGUCAACAAGGAACUAUUUUGUUAUCACUAGUCGGUGCCUUCGGCUUGUGCGGAAGAUUGCUUGGGACUACUUUACUGAAAAUUUGGGCGAAAGUUAAGAUAGCAAUACCUUUGGCAAUAUCUUUCGUGUUUCUUGCACUUGCCCAUUUCCUCGUUGUUUACUUUAUAGACUUCUACGGAAUGUUAGGUGGAAUAUUUGUUCGUGGAAUUUCUAUAGGAAUGGUAAUGUGCUUGAUACCAGGGAUGCAGCUUGAACUGCGUGGAAUUAAAAGGUUUCCUCGGACAGUAGCGCUAUGUAACGUUUUGAGUGGGGUGGGGAUAGUUGUCUGCGGAUACCUUGGUGGAUUAGUUGCUGACUGGACUGGUGGAUAUGAUUUAGCGUUCUAUAUCGCCAUUGGAGUGUCAUUACUAUGUGGAGUGUUGAUGGCAAUCAUUAGGUGCUUACAGAAACUUGAAUAGAUAUACGAAUCUUAGGAUCUUCUAUAAACACGUGGGAUAGUUAAACAAUGUUUAUUAAUCACGUUGGUCAUAGAGUUCCCCAGAAGUUAUGGCUUAAUCCUAGCAACGGAUAAAAAUCGAGUUUUACUUCAUGUUUGAAACAUUUUACUGGAUACACCUACUCAUAGUGAGUCAGGAAUCCGUAUAUAUACACAUGUUACAUUUCUAUUAAUGUCUGUUAUAAACAUUCAACUUAACAUAACGUUC